GCUUCACGUUGCAGAAAUGUGUCAAGCGCUUCGGAACAGAUGACGGCUUAGCUGUUAUUACCCGGGACAUAAUUUUAAGAAAUAUAUGUACCUAUUAUACGGCUUAUCAAUUUCAUAGAAUGAUAUUUGUCGGAUAUUGAAGCGGACACACACCUGGAGUCGAAAAGUGCUUAAGAAAGAUCCUCACAUCCUACUUUCAGCACUGAUUGAAUGAACACUAAUUUAUUGUCACCACAUGGAACCCAUUCCCCUCGUUGAGCACAUAAAGACUCCUACUGACCACUGUAACCGGACAAAUUAUUAUUGAUGUGUGACCAAAGCGUGGCGAUGCCUGGAGGUGACAGUGGUCCAGAUGGGGAGGAGCCUGCAUCACUGUCAGCCACAGGAGGAGGAGGAGGAGGAGAAAAGGAGACGAGGAUGUUGUCAGGACAGCAGGACGGAGAGGAACAGUCAGAGCGCCUCAGGGGGGAGGAAAAUGGAGCUUCUGGUGGAGAAGUGGGGCAGGAAGAUGAAGAGAUGACUAGCGGAUCGCAUGACCUCUCUUCCUCGGCCAAUCACAGCCCUGGUAGUGUGACAGGAUCCACCUCAGCGUCAACCAAGAGCAGUGAGAAUACAGAUGGUAGCAGAGGGCAGGCCCACAGAGAGGUGAUGGUCACGGUGGCUGAGAUGAAGAAGAGGAUUCCAUCAGACAAACGCAGUCGCAGCAAAGCCAGCACUAUGGAGGCCUUACAGUACGCACUCAACUGUGUCAAACAAGUGCAAGCCAACAGCGAAUACUACAAACUGCUGAUGCGAAACGGCCAGGAUGAGAGGAGAGAUGCCACUGUUUGCACCCUGGAGGAGCUGGAGAGAGUCACAUCUGAACACACCCUUAAAAACACGGACUCCUUUGCGGUGGUUUUCUCUCUGUCGAGCGGCCGCGUGCUGUAUGCGUCGGAGCAGGCUCCCAGCAUCCUGUGUUGCAAGAGGAAGUUCCUGGAGUCGGCCAAGUUUGUGGAGCUGCUCUACCACCAAGAUGUUAAUGUCUUCUACUCACACACGGCUCAGCCGCAUCUGCCACCUUGGAGCAACUCGCAUACGGCGGGGGUCCUGUUUGACUGUACCCAGGUCAAGUCUUUCUUCUGCAGAAUCAGGGGCGGAAAGGACCGUGAGGGUGAGAUGCGUUACAACCCAUUUCGGGUUACACCCUACCUGCUGACAGUGCAGGGAACAGGAAGCAUUGGGGAAGAGGAGGAGCCAUGCUGCCUGGCGCUGGCUGAACGCAUCAUCUCUGGAUAUGAAGCACCUCGGAUCCCCAUGGACAAGCGCAUCUUCACCACCACGCAUUCACCCGGCUGUGUGUUCCUGGAGGUGGAUGACAGGGCUGUGCCGUUGCUAGGAUACCUUCCCCAGGAUUUGAUUGGCACGUCGUUGUUGACUUUCAUUCACCCAGAUGACCGUCCCCUCAUGCUGUCUAUGCACCGAAAAGUGUUGAAGUAUGCGGGCCAGUCUCCUUUUGAGCACUCUCCGAUGCGUCUGCGCUGUCAGAAUGGAGACCACAUCACCUUGGACACCAGCUGGUCCAGUUUCAUCAACCCUUGGAGCCGCAAGGUGGCCUUCAUCAUUGGACGGCAUAAAGUCAGGACGAGUUCAUUGAAUGAAGAUGUGUUUGCUGCUCCGUCAAAGGACAAUGUCCCAGUAGCCUUUGAAGAGAUUAAAGAUCUUCAAGCAAAUAUCUACAAGCUCUUCCUGCAGCCGGUUCAUAAUAAUGGUUCCAGCGGUUACGGCAGUUUGGGGAGCAACGGCUCUCAUGAGCACUACAUCAGCGUGGCUUCUUCAAGUGACAGCAAUGGAAACCUGUGGGAGGACACUCACCGGGAGCCGAUGACUUUACAGCAGAUCUGUGCUGAUGUGAACAGAGUCAAGAGUUGGGGCCAGCAGGCUUAUCUGGGUACCAACCACAAAAUUGCUCUUCUUGGCAAACCAGCUGCAGCACGAAUGCCGCCAGUGGUCUCCAACCCUGAGGUCAGAAAUCACGAAGAAAGCAGGAAGCAAACACAUAUUCCAUCCUAUCAGCAGAUCAACUGUGUGGACAACAUCAUCAGAUAUUUGGAGAGUUGUACAGGCCCAGCCCUCAAACGAAAGAGUGACUCUCAUUCCCUGGACACCUCCUCUUCCUCAUCCUCUACCUCAGAAGACGACAAGCCUGCUGAAGCCACUGACACAGCUCAGGCCAGCUCAGAUGUGGUGCUGGACAGUGCAGCGUCAGUGGCCCCGACGGCAGCAGCAGUCGUUGGAGCGCCUCUGACAGACAUCACAAUGUCCACUAAGGCCAUGAGUGUAGUCUCUGUCACCAGCCAGUGUUCGUACAGCAGCACCAUUGUCCAUGUGCCACAGCCUGAAUCAGAGGCCACGGCACUGGAGGACGCCCCAAUGGGCAGUGAGCCUGCUGAUGCUGCUCCGACCCCCGUCCGUCCCGCCCCAAGCCCAGCCACAGAGGAACCAAGGUUUGUAGGGCUCACCAAGGAGGUGCUGUCAGCUCACACCCAGAAGGAGGAGCAAGAGUAUGUGGAUCGAUUCCGCCAUCGCAUUCUCCAGAGCCCCUACAGCUCAUAUCUGCAGUUGGACAACAGCUCUAUGGCUCACUCCCACCACCCAGGCGACUACCUACAUCCAGUGAGCGCCGGUGGGUUGAACCGCUCUCGGAGAGGAAAGCCCAGACACAAGCGCCCCAAACCCCAGGGUUCCUCAGACAGCUACGCUUCCCCAGCUGGCCCCCUUCGCCAUGUCCCAGACUCCUCCUGGCCCUCCUCAGAGUCCUCCCAACCCCAAAUCGGGGCACCCUUCAGCCAAACAUCUCCACUCCAGGCACCAUUCUUCCCCGUGAUGGCAUCGCAGCCUGGCCCAGAGCAACCGCCCAGACCACAACAGCUGCCUGGACCAACCCCCAUGGGACUGCAGCCUCCUGACCAAACCCAGCUCAGCUACAGCUUCAACAUCAUGCAGUCUGCUCAGAGCAUGCCGGGGAUGCAGCCAAUCCAGAUGGAGCCCUUUCAGAAUCUGCAGAAUAUCCAGAACUUUCACAACCUGCAGCCCAUGGCUACAGCCCAGGGCAUCAACCCUUACAUGACUCCGGUCAUGGCUGUCAUCCUGCCCAACUGCCCAACAUUCACUCCAGGUUACCCGUCCAUUUACCCACUGUCUGCGCCCUCCAUGCUGCCUCAGGCACCUGUCACCAUGACAAGCUUUGCUUCUGGCAGUGUCCCAUUCCCUCAGCCCCAAUUCCAAGCCCAGCCUAACCCCCUCGCUCAGACCUGCAUGGGCCCUUUGCUCUGCUCACCCAGAGCCAGCUCCUCUGUCGGGGAAGAGGAGGAGGCAGCUGGGCCUCGGGCUUUAUUCUCCAGUUCUCGCUCAAGUUCUCCUCUGCAGCUGAACUUGUUGCAGGAGGAGCUGCCAAAGCCAAGUGAAGGACAGAGCAGCACCGGGCACAACCACGCAGAGAGCCUCCAUGAACAACAUGACAGCCAGGGUGAUAACCCCAGUGAGUCUGGGAACCAUGAUGCCCAGUCUACAUCCAGUGAGCUGCUUGACAUGUUGCUGCAGGAGGAUGCCAGGUCAGGCACCGGCUCUAACGCCUCAGGGUCUGGGUCAGGGGAGUCUGGAGGCUCCCUGGGAUCUGGCUCUGGAUCAGGUUCCAAUGGAACCUCCACCUCACACACAGGCAGCAGCAACAGCAGCAAAUAUUUUGCCAGCAACGAUUCAUCAGACACAUCACGCAAAGCCCGUAAGAGCCAGGAGGCACCGCCAGAGCACCAACACAACUUUGACACUCGGGUGGAUAACUCACUGUGGGGCAUGAUCCAGCACACGCCUGAGCGUGUCAUGAUGACGUACCAGAUCCACACCAGGGACCAGACCGAGGUGUUGGCAGAGGACAGGGAGAAGCUUCGAGUGCUCCAGCCUCUCCAGCCCUGGUUCAGCCAGGAGCAGAGAGAGGAGCUGGCUGAGGUCCAUCCCUGGAUCCAACAGCACACUCUCCCGCAGGAGAUUGACACACAGGGUUGUGUGGGCUGCAACUCGGGCCCAGGGGUCGCCCACUCCCCUCUCCCCACAGCCCCCGAUAGCUCGUCCCCUCUGGAGAUCCCCCCGCAGGACCCCAUCGGAUCUGUCGUCGACACCUGAGAGACCUGGACCCCAAGCACUUAUCUCACAUCAAACCAGCCCUGCCAGAAACCUCAAAAACUCCCACCAUGCAUCUCUCCUGACCAAUGUGGAGGAGUGGGUCCCUAUGCUUUAGUUUUACAUGUUUUGUAAAGGUAUCGGAGGCUGGACCAGGCCCUGAGAAACGGAGGAGGCAAAAGGAAUGGGCAUUUUGUUUGUCAGCCUAAUGUGACUGCCUUUAUCGGACCAUAAAUAUUAUACCUCUCUUCUUUUUGUGUUCAUGGACCCCUGCAGGGGUUUAGGUUGUAUUUAAGACUGACCAGUAAUUGGCACCACAGACCACUUGACAUUCAAUAUAGGAUGAUGGUCCCAUGGUUGCUGCCCCUAAACAUAUGCACUGUGUACACAUGCUGGGUCUGUCGGAUGAGAGUGACUGGGAGACAGAGACAAAGACAGUGCUGGCCCAGUUUGAGUAUCAGAACACACACCAGACUCUUCUCCAGAGACAUGGAGUUCAGGCUGUACAAUACGUGUACCACAUCAACUCCUUCAACUGCAUAGUAACUUACCAUGGUUGACAUAUGGUAGAUUUUUUUGAUGGACAUGAAGACAAAGACACAUUUGCUGCUCUGUGUUUAUAAUGUUCAGAUUCUAGUCUUGUAAGUUAAUUGUUAUUGGAGUGUAUUCUCUUAUUCCAUAGGUUGGGUUCCUCUUGUCUAGAACAUUGGUUUUUAUGUUACUCUGACUCACAAACAACAGCAAAUGUGAUGAUCAUUUCAAUUUGAAUUUAGUGCUACAACAAAAGUCCACCCUGAUGUCCAACACUUCCUGUAGCGAGUCCUUUCUCCACCCAGUGUCCUGGUCAUCACCCUACAGUACCUGUAGCUUACCUUUAAUUGUAAACGCACAGCUUGGCCCCAAAUGUCCUCUGAUCCUGGGUUUACUUACUGAAUGAGUUUCCUCUUAGGCUCUGUGUCUGUUUGACUCUGUGUGUGUGUGUGUGUGUGUGUGUGUGUGUGUGUGUGUGUGUGUGUGUGUGUGUGUGUGUGUGUGUGUGUGUGUGAGU